AUAACUGUUUUCCUUUCUUUCCUUUAUAAAAUAGAGAUUAUAUAACAGCAAUAAAAGAAGGAGGCAUGGUGACAAUACUAUGGUUCCUUAUUUUUAUUUUAUUAUUUCAACAACAAUCAGCUUUAGAAUUACCAGCAGUACAACUUGAUUCAGUGGGUGGUCAAUUAGGGUUUGUUGGUGACUAUGCUGGUCUUUCACCAUUUAAAAACUCUCUUCAAUUUGAAUCACUUCCAACAACUUCACUCAUUACAUCUGAUGAAGAAGACGAUAUGCUGAUAUUUAAUUUUUUUUCUACUAUAAAUGGAUCAAUUGAAACCUUUUGUAAAUUAACUGAUACUCAAUUUAUAUUAGCCGGAAACUUUAAUACCAUAAAUCAUACAACUUUUAAUAAUAUCGUUCAAUUCGAUACUCAAUCACGUACAUUUAGUCCUCUUCAACAAGGCUUAGACGGUCCUGUUUAUUCAGUUUAUUGUCUAAAUCAAUCCACAGUUUAUGUUGGUGGAAACUUUAUAGCUCCUAUUAAUAACAGCCAACAAUUUACAGGACAUGUUGCUAUUUGGAACGAUAAUCAAUGGUCUCCUGUUCCUUGGAACGGAUUUAAUGGCCCAGUUUAUUCUAUUUUACCACAUCAACAACAGCAAUCAAUUCUAUUUGCAGGCCAAUUUGAUUCAACCGGUGAUGGUCAGUAUAUGAAUCAAACUUUUAGUCAACAAAUCAAUUUAAUUUCUACUGCUACCAUCUCAGAAGGAAAUGGUAUGAACUUUGGAAAUUAUUCAGAUCCUAGAAAUGUUCUUUGUUCUCGAGCACCUUGGCUUUUACAAGAUGGUGUUCCUGGUUAUUGGGAAGCUACAUUUAAUACUCCUCUUGAACCAUCUCUAUUUCGAUUAUCAAAUGCUCAUAUUGAUGGAAAAAAUACACAUUCAUUUAGUAUUAUUUCUCUGGGAUCAAACGAAUAUUUUGAAUUAUCUUACAAAGACCCGGUUACAAACCAGAACUUGACUUGUACAGAGGAAUGUUAUUUAUCAAAUGAUUUAAAUAUACCUUAUCAGGAUUUUACUGUAUUAAAACCUAUUACUACAAGUGGUAUUCGAAUCAAUAUUAAUACUUGGUAUGGUUCAGGUGGCGGUUUAAGUGGUGUCAGUAUUUUUAGGACAGAUGUUACCCUUCAACCUGAACUAUCAACAGAGAGUGGCAAUACUGAGUCAAAUUGUUAUUCUUAUUUGAAUUCUCAAUCCUCUGUAGUAUCUACCACAGGUCAUUGGUCAAAUCAAUAUUCUUUUGGAAUUUAUCGAAAUUUCUUAGUUGCUAGUAUUCCUGUAUCUGAAUUAUCAACUACGGAUGUAUCUGCUACUUACCAGCCAUAUAUUUAUGCUCAAGGGAUUUAUAAUGUAUAUGCAACUACACCAGGCUGUAUAGGCACAAGUUCUUGUGAUGAACGUACUCAAGCUGAAUUAACCAUUCAAUUGACACCCGGAAAUAAAUCUACUUUAAUAUUAAAUCAAGAUAUUGUAAAUGAUGAAAACAAAUUAAUUUAUACAGGCCCCAUUGCAGCUACAACGAAUUUAUUUAAACCUACCAUUGUCAUGAAAGUAGCACCUUCAGCUCGAACAUCUUCAACAACGAAUGUAACACUAUUUGGAAGUUCAAUUCAAUUUGUUAGAAACUCAACAAGCUCAACAUUAUCAAGUAUUUUAAACUAUUAUCCCAACAACAAUACUUGGUUAGCUCUUCCUCAACAAUUACCAUCGGGAUCCAUUGUUCAUACUUUACAAGCAAAUGAAAAUAAGCUUUACAUUGGUGGACAGUUUACUUUAAAUAACAAUACAAUCAACAGUUUGGUUGCUUAUGAUUUUGAUACAGGUUUUGUACCUUUAACAGAUGGCGGUUUAAAUGGAGAUGUUUCUACUUCUUUACUUAUAGAUUCAAACUUGAUUGUGGGUGGAAGCUUUAAUAAUACAUGGAUACCUCAGCAAAGAAAUGAUUUGAAUCAUGUUGCUAUAUAUAAUAUUCAGUCAAAUACAUGGUCAGGCAUGGAUCAAGGCGUAAAUAAUAAUGUGGAUUAUUUAUAUUCAACAGAUAACAAACAUAUUCAUUUAUCAGGACCAUUUAAUGCAAGUUUAAAUAAUAAUAAUGCUAUAUUAUAUAAUAAUGUAGAGUGGGAUUUGAACAGCCAAAACUGGGUUACACCUACCUCACUUAUAGUAGGUCCUAUUGCAAAUCAGGUACGAAUUGGACCAAAAACAACUUUAUAUCUUGGUUCCGUGAAAAACGCACAAACGUAUCGUACUACCGACUUUAUAUCCCUCGCAUCAUCUCAAAGUGACAGCUUUUCUACUUCAAUUACUCAAUUAGAUCCAGAUGCUAUUGUGAAUGCGGGUGCAUUUUGGAAAAAUAAGACAGAAACGUGUCUUAUUUUAGCAGGUCAUUUCCAUCUGAAUAACACGGUGUACAAUCUUGUGAUGCGUACAGCGGGUGGAACAUGGCAAGGUGUCCUACAAGGAAUUCAAGGCGAGAUUCGGACUUUAUCAGUCAUUAAAAAUAGUUUAGUAGCUGGAGGAGAAUUUAAUGGGACAGCACCAGAUGGGACUACGAUGCUAACGAGCAUCCUCUUUUAUGACCUCGAAAGUCAAACUAUAGAAGGGUUAAAUGGACUCUUUGAUGAAAAUGGACAACCUGGUCAAGUGAAUGUGAUCAGACCUCAAGGAGAUGGUCGUACUGUUUUUGUGGGUGGCCAUUUCACGACUGCAGGUUUACUUGGUUGUUCUGCAAUCUGUAUGCUUACGAUGGAUACUCGACAAUGGAAUCAAAUUCAACCGGUUAUAUCAGGAACGAUUCAUGAUAUGCUUCUGAAUGAUUCAGGUGUACUUACGGUAGUAGGAGAUCUUACGAUAGGUACACAACAAUCUAUUUCACUAGCUGAAUUAGAUACAACCUCAACCACAGCGACUUGGAAGGCAGCACCUUAUAACGAACAAUUCCUUUCUCCUGUCGCUUUAAUUUACGACCGUGAUGGUAGUUAUUUGAUAACAGGGAAAACAAAUAAUAAAAGUAGUAAUAGUAGUAGUUAUAUUGCAAAUUGGAAUGGGGAAAAUUUUACAUCUAUUGAACAUGAUUUGGGUCCUACUACCUCCAUUCGUCAAUUGUUGUGGGCACCUAUUGAACGAUCCUCAGCGCCGACUCUUUCACGUUACCCAGCCAAUUCGGAUACCAUGUUGAUGGUCGUGGGUCACCUUGAUAUACCCGAUUUUGGCGAUGGUAGUAGUAGUAGUAGUAGUGUUGCACUCUAUGAUGGACAUCGUUGGUAUCCUUAUUUGUUAACUGCAUCUCGUGAUGGAGCAACAGGGGGUUCUAUAUCUCGUGUCUUUACAGCAGUGCCUUGUUGUACAGCCAUCCACUCUACUCGUCAUUAUCUUUCAGUUCCGGCCGUUAUUUUGAUUUCAAUUGCUAUUUCAUUAGGUAUCAUUUUCUUCUUGGUCCUCAUUGCCUUCCUCUUUCUGUUUAUCAAACGACGUCAUCAUCCAGAAUAUUAUCAUUAUUCUGAACCCAUGAAAGGAUGGAAACCCAAGUAUCGACCAUCAAGUCUUUUAGCUAUGAUUAAUGCUGCUAACCUAACUGAUCCCUCUACUACUAGUACUACUACUAAUACUGCAGCAGCAGCAACAGCAACAGCAACAACAGCAGCAGCAGAUACAUUCCCUGCAAUGAAUGAAAAAUAUUCAAAUAACAAUCCUAAUACUACAACCAUGGUUGCAACAGGCUAUUCAACAGCUGUAGAUGGAGGAGGACAUCAUGCAGCUAUUCAUCGUGGACAACCGACGGGUGUCGAUUUGGCUGAUAUGGCGGUUGUUGGAUCUUCUUCUUCUUCUGUUCAUAAACAACCAAGGAUGUCAAGUGGUGGUAUGUCCACAGGUCCUUUGCCAUUUAGUAUCAUGAUGUCAAAUGCUUUACAUAAUAGUAAUAAUACGAAUAGUCCAGCUACAGAAGAUUCACCUCAACUUUAUUAUGCAAAAUAUCCAUUUGAUGCAAAAGAAUUUGGAGAAUUAGCAUUUGGUGCAAAUACACCUAUUGUCGUAACAGAUACAAGUGAUAAUGUAUGGUGGAUGGGAUAUAAAGAUAAUGGUAAAGGGGAUGCCAUCUCUGGAUUAUUCCCUAGUAAUUAUGUAACUAAAUCAAAGCCUGUUAUUUAAUCCUUUUUUUUUUUUUUUUGCAUCUCUUUUCUUCUUCUUCUUCUUUCUUUCUUUAUUUUUAAAGCAUAUCAAAUACACAUAAUCUUAAAAAAAAAAGGAUUGCAUAGAUAACACUUAGCUAACAUAUAUAUAUAAAUAUAAUAAUAAUAAUAAUAACAAUAAUCUGUUCAAGUAUACAUAUUAUUCUAAUAAAAAAAAAUAGAUAAAUAUAAUAAGAAGGGCUUUUAGUUGUUAUGAUUGGAUAA